GUCUUUUCCAACCUCAAUGAUUCUGUGCUUGCCUCCCUUCUGUUUCCAGGAGGAACAAAGGUCUGACUCAAAUGCUGAGGGAAGGUGAGAACUUGGGCAGUGCUGGAGCAGGGAGAAAGUGACACGGGGCCAUGCUUUGAGGAUGGAGGGCCCCAGAUGUCAUCUCAAGAAAUUUCUAGAAAGGACCGACAGAAAGAAAAGUGAAACCGGCUACAGAUGGAAGCCGAGGGCCGCACCUCUCAGCCGCCGCUCUUCCCGUUCCAGGAGGGCUGCCUACUUGCUGCGCUCAGCUCCGGCGGCGGCUCUGGGGAAUCCCCAAGGGGCCGGGCGGCCCCGGCAGUGCAGGAAGCAGAGCUGUAAGCCGAGGGGGCACCGCGCCCUCCCGGGAAGUGCCGGCAGUUCCCAGUCCCCGCCCAGCCAGCUCAGCGCCGCGGCUCUUUUCGGCCCGGCCUUCGCCCUGUUGAAUCGUGCGUUUGCAGACGCCAUGGCGGAGCCGCGGGUGCUGAAGGCGUUACAGGAGGAGCUGAUCUGCUCCGUCUGCCUGGACGUUUACAGGAACCCUGUGUCCCUCAGCUGUGGCCACAGCUUCUGCGAGGAGUGCAUCCAGGGGCUGCUUCGCAGUCAGCGUUGCCCGCAGGGCCUCGUCAGCUGCCCGCUGUGCAGCGCCCAGGAAGCCCUUCCUACGAAGCUGCAGCCCAACAUCCAGCUCCGCAGCGUAGUGCAGAAGUUUUUGGACACCAGUGAGCAAAAUGCCGCUCUUGAAGAGAAACUAAAACGUGAAGUGGAAUGUGAAGAGAAGGGAGAAAGUUCGGACCUGCAUGAUGAGGAGAUCAUGUGUGAUUUCUGCCUUGAGAAGCCUCAGCCAGCAGUGAAGACGUGCAUGAACUGCGAGACCUCCCUGUGCCAGGCCCACCUGGGCAAGCACAGCACAAAGGCUUUCCUGACAAGCCACGUCCUGGUGGAGCCCUGUGAUGCUCGUGUUUUGGCAGAAAGGAGAUGCGCCCAGCAUGGCAAGCUGCUGGAAUGCUACUGUGUGACGGACUCGGUCUGUGUCUGCAUGCUGUGCUGUGCCACCAGCUCCCACAGGAGCCAUGAAAUCAUCAGUGUGGAGGAGGCUUUUGGCCAAGCACAGAGUGAUUUCCCUAAAACUGUGAAAACACUGAAAAAACAUGAAGCUGCAGUGAAUAAAAACUUGGAAAAUCUGCUGUCACAACAGGAGAAGAUAAAGGCAUUGGAAAGAUUGCACAGGAAUCAUGUGGAGCACUCCUUCAGGUUGAUUUGUGAGCAGCUGGAUAGAAGCAAAACAGAGAUCCUGGGAGCCAUCAGUGACAUUGAGGAGCAACAGCUUUCUCAGAUUGAGCCGUGGAUAAAAGAACACAAAGAGAUGAAGGAUGCUGCCAGCCGCAGUGUGCAGGAGUUGAAGGCUCUGAGGGAUCAGAAGGAUCCAGUACUCUUCCUUAAGGGUUUGUCAGCAAUACAAGCCAGGAAGAGGAAACAAGUUCCUAAUAAAGAUGGCACAGAACUGGCAGAGCAGCUCACUAUUAUGGAUGAAUCAAUGAAGAACAUCAUUCAAGAGCAUUUCCAGCCUUAUGACCACUUAAUCUUGGAUGCAGAGUCCUCAAUGGAAUCGUCAUUUGCUCAUGAACAUCUGACUUUCAAAUCACGUCAAGCAUGUGGACUACAUGUAGAUGACACGGUGCUCAGAAUAGCUGGGCCAUCUUACCCAUUUUCUGUGCUAAUUGAAAUGCCGUUCUGGGUGUACAGCACCAGCUGCUUCUCGAGUGGCCAGCACUUCUGGGAGGUGAUCACCCGUGACUCAUUGUGCUGGAAAGUGGGUGUCACUGAUAACAGUUUUCAAUGCUACCUGGAAAUGUCGCCUCAGCGUCAUCUCCGUGUGUUUCUAGAUAAAAGACAGAUUAAAGUCCAUUUACUUAACACAGCCAUCAGAAUGGUCAGGGUACAACUAGACUGCGAAAGAAAGACAGUGUCAUUUUUUGAUGUGUCUGUCAAGGAUUAUUCGGGCUCUUCUAGGAGCUGUGUGCCCAUAGCUGCAGUAAUCAUCCCUGCAAGCUCUCCUGUCUAUGCUAUCUUCAGCAUUUCUCAUGGCUCCCUUUCACUCACAUAGUGACCUGGGGGAAAGGCUGCCUUGCCUUUCUGCUCCUUGGUUCUCUAUGUUUUGAGGCUGCAGCUGCACAGACUGCCACAUUAGCACAGUAUAAGCCAGGCUUCAGGCCUGCUCCUGAGCUAUAAUAAGGUCUUUUGCAGCUGUGGGCUGAGUGAGAGAAGGAGAAAAUGAGGCUCUACCAUCAAAUACAUCUCCUCAGGUUUUUAGUACUUCUGUUUCAAGUAUUGUACUUUUGCUGAACUGUAUGGAUUGCUGUGUUGGAUGGAUAUUAUUAAAGUAAUUUUGUUCACAAAA